AUGGCAGACAGAGUCUUUAUGGAGGGUGCUGAGAAUCCUGCAUUCCAGGAGGACUCGGAAGAAGAGCUUGAAAUGAGAAGUGGUGGGCACGAUAGCACGCUUGCAGCUCAGAAGUGUGCGGGGCUGCAGGCCGCUGCUAUGGCACAAGGUAUGGUGACGUCUGAGCAUGCUGAGAAUGUUCACCCAGCAGCUGAGAAUGGAUGGAGAGAUCGAUGGAGGGCUGAGCUGUCGGAGAGGAGAGUGGAGGUCAUUCCUCAGUAUGUGGAGCAGCUGAAAGAGUGUGUUCAGAGAGACAUGAUCCCAGUUAGCAGACUCACAUCAGAGCAGGAAGAGCAUUCGGAGCGAGGGAAGACGGAGGAAAAGGUGUGGGCGAGGAAGCAGAGAGUAAUGUCGCUCUUAAGGGGAAAUUCAAAGAUUAGGCGCAUAGAUGAAGAAGAAGCCAUUCUGCAGGACAGACUCUAUGCUGUGUUCCAGCGGGCGGAAAAUCGCUUGCUGAAUUCUCUGCGUCAACACCAGGCUGAGGUCGUCAACCAAUAUGGUGAAAUUAUCGAAGAGACAGAAAACACAGAACCACUGGGCAUUGAAUCUGACCUCCACUGGCAGGUGGAAUGGAUACGGACCCCGGAGCCCAUAGAGGUGCUUGUUUUGUGUUUGAGGGCCGUGAGAGAGAAGCUGCCCAGAGGUCUGUACUCACUGAGCGUGUCUCUUCAGACUCAACUGGGCGGCCGCACGCUGCGCUGGUCCCGUCUGCAGGAGCAGCAGUGGGUUGGAAGAACAGAACCCAUGGAACACCAGGGCCGAUACUUUGACAUAGAGCUCAACAUUAACCAGAGCCUCUGCAUGGUAAGAAAACCCCAGCAAACUGCCCUCUUGAGACGCCCACAGCACUGCAGUUUAUUUAACCCUUACAACAAAAAAGCUAAUGUCUUGCCUGCAUCAUGUGAUCUGUUGCCAUCCAGUGUGUUAGUGUUCAGGCUGUUAUCUCUGCCCGGAGAUCACAGUUCUGUGAGUUCUGUAGUGGGCUGGGGUGCAUUUCCCGUCUGCGACUGCUCCUUCCAACUCUUCAAUGGAAAGUUCAAGACCCCUCUCUUGCGUGGCAGUCCGAACCCCUCACUCAACCAGUUCCGCAGAAUUGAGCAUCUGCUUUCCACUGACCUGGACAACUGGCUAUGCAACCUCUACUUCCAGGUGAAGAGACUCCCGCGGGGUAGCACUGGGGUGCCGGAGCGUAGCUUCACCCUGCAGAUCCCUUCUCACCCCCAGCUGAGCUCCAGCCAGGGGCUUCAUCCCCAUCCUGACACCUCCAUCCGCUCUUCUGCUUCUCUGCCAGGUAAGAGCCCCAGUGGACCUGUGCCGGCCUCUGAGCCCAGCAACCAGACAAACUGUCCCAUCGCUGAGAAAACCAAGGCUGAAAUUCAUAGCAAGAGCGGCAGGCAGAAGAAGAUAAUCGAGAAAAACAGUGAGGCGCUCAAACCUUUCCCUAAAGAUCAGCUAGACCAGUUCACCUUCUCUGUGAGAUCUCAGCACCACAACCAGCACAGGUCUGCCGCUGUGUGCUGUGGGACGGGUGAGAGAACACGUCUGGCAGUGUGUCUCCUCCCGUCACUGCUCGGUUUGUCCUGCCAUCCACGUCCUCAUCUGUCUCAGAUCAGUCUGACCAUUCUCCUGUUCAGCUUAAUGUGGUUUCCCCGUCUGUACCUUCAUUACUGCAGCCAGUGGCUCUUCCUGCAGGCUCAACACAUCCCCAUCAACAGAUUUUGGUUGGGUGCGCACACGGUGGAUCUGGUCUAUCAGGGUUCGCUGCUGUCUACCCUGGAGGAGGUUCUGCUGGUGCUGCUGGGCCCCCUGACCUUGAAUGCAGCUACGCUACUGCUGCUCCUGAUCAGAUGGGGCUGUCAGCUAACGUUUGGCUCACCGCCCUCCUUCCUGUCAAAGUUUAUCAUGGCUGCGGCGGUGUGGACAGUGCUGGACCCUCUGGCGGUCUUUUCUGUGGAUGCCGUCCUAGGGCGUCUGUCCUACAGUGCAGAGGAACCGUUAGCAGAUGCUGCUAAGCUGUACUGGCAUUUCUUUCGGACUGAGCAGUCGGGCACAGCAGGCAUCAUCAUCACACUCUUCUUGUACGGUGUCCACUGCAUCCUUUCCUUCACCUUCCUUUAUGUUUACUUCCUCAGACUUCACAAUGAUGGGAGACUAUUAGAUAUCUACCAGCGGCUCCACAGCACUGAGGGAGCAUUCUUUGUUCCACAUGACAUGGAGGUUUCCAACCAGGAGCUCAAUUACAUUGUAAAGAAGGCAGAGCAAUGGAGAGGCUUCAAUGGAGAGAGACGUAAGGUGGCAGUGUACGACUACAUCUGGACGGAGGAGGAGCCUGUGGUAGAAUUGGCACAACCUUCGGGCACGCCUAAUACCGGAUGUGAGACCAGCACCCAUGUAUCCAUCUACACCCUGCACUUGAGCGGCCUGCGCCAACAUCACAGACACUUCCUGAGACAACCUGAUGGAGCCAUUAUAGAGGUGAUGCAUGAUUCUGACAAUAAAGAGUUUCAGAGAUCAGAGGUGCACGGGGAACAUGGGAGGAUGAAGAAUGCAAUGCAUCUCAGAGAGAGGAAGAGGAGAAAACCUGCCUGGCGUGAGUUGCGAAUGGAUGUAUACUGAGAUGAACUGUUAAAUGAUCAUGAUGCAACAAGCUGUUAUUUGUUCGUAAGAUUGUCUUUGUUUAUGUAAAUGUGUGUUACAGGAUCACACAGGGUUGAGCCUCUUGGAGGAAGUGC